AUGGGUGCAGACGCUAUACAGUUGCGAGCUUCCACCGACCUCGUUGACGUCUCAACGGACAGAGCAAGUGAAAAUCUGACAGGCGCAUCUCGGACAAUAAUUCAGGGCAUUCAAGCGAAUGAACGGGCUGCCUCACUAUCAACCUCUUACCCUGUACCUCAGCCUCCUUCUCCAACACCAAUCUUCUCCAGAUGGCGACCUCAAUACCACCUACAAGCAAGCCAUGGUUGGAUGAACGACCCCUGCGCCCCGGGCUACGACUCAUCAACAGGGCUAUACCAUCUGUUCUUCCAGUGGAACCCUCGUCGAAAUGAAUCUGGUUCGGUCGUAUGGGGUUCGAUCUGUUGGGGCCACGCUACCUCGACGGAUAUGGUGAAUUGGAAUUUAUCUCAAACGCCGAUUGUCGAACCUGGACUCAGUGCCGAUGAGUGGUACGAUGCAAAAGGAUGCUUUACAGGUUGUUCGGUUCCCGCAAAUUUGGACGGGCAGUCUGGUGCUGGACAAUUGACGGUGUUAUACACUGGUAUAAGCCGACUACCGCUACACUACACUCUUCCCUACGUACGGCGAACGGAGACGCUCGCCGCUGCGCUAUCUCUAGACGGUGGCCUAGGAUGGACAAAGGUCACGAAGAACCCCAUUCUACCGGAGCCGCCGCCGGACCUCGAUGUCACAGGCUGGCGCGAUCCGUUUGUUGCAACCUGGCCUUCAAUGGCCAAGCUCCUCGGCGACGACAAAAAUCAGUUAUAUGGCAUGAUUUCUGGAGGAAUUAGGAACUGUUCGCCCACAGCAUUUCUUUACAAAGUCAACCCAUCAAACCUAACAGAGUGGAAGUACCUCAGUCCGCUGUUUGAUGUCGGAUUAAGCCAUUCCCUAUCUAGCUGGAGUGGCGAUAUGGGUAUAAACUGGGAGUGCGCAUGUUUCAUGACCCUCCAGAACGAACAAGAUGAUGAGAGUAGGGAUUUCGUCGUCGUUGGCUGCGAGGGCUCAAAAGCCAAUACUGCGGAUCAUGAAUUGUCCCUCUUCACACAGCAUCCGCAAGAACCAACAAAACCUCCCCGUUCUGCAACGUCCCUGCAGUGGAUGUGUGGAGCUCUCCAAUCUACAGAUGUCAUGAUCUCUGAUACCGGCACACAGACAAAGCUUCCGAAAAUGAAUUACCAAUUCGGAGGACGCUUCGACUUUGGUCUUCUCUAUGCCGCCACAACCUUCCGUGACCCUCUCGGCGACAAACAAGUUGUUUGGGGCUGGAUUACCGAGGAAGACUUACCCCAAGCUCUGGUUGAUAAACAGGGUUGGAGUGGGAUGGUAUCCCUGCCCAGAGAAGUUACUCUUCUCACUCUGAAGGGCGUGACUGGUACCUUAAGGAGCAGAUUGCAAAACAUCACGUCGAUAGAGGUUGAGCGAGAAGAGUCGACAGACAGGGAACAACAGACAUUCAAAAUCCGCACACUUGGCAUCUCUCCCGCUCCAUGCAUCCAAUCUCUCCGCAACAGCGCCAGGAAGGUUAGCCCUACGAGUCACUCACAGGGCCUCAACCCCGAAGGUGACACGUUCAUGGACAUCCAAACCCACCGUUUCGAAUUCAUCUCCACGUUAUCCCUUUCCCGAGCGUGCAAGAGGAUCGGGCUGAGCAUAUUUCACACCGCCGGCGCUCAACGAACCCAACAGAACAACAUGGCCCCUCGACUAAGCUCGAACGCAGCAACGACGACAAUCUCAUUCAUACCUAGCAAGGAGACCAUCAGAAUUGAUCGACCCGUCACUGAUUCCACACAUAUUAUCGACGGUGAAAAGAUCAACACCGCCCCCGAGAUCGCUCCGUUCACUUUAUUUACCCUCCUUCCUGCUGAUGAGGACGACGUUCAGCAUAUCGCGGCCGAGGCAGGGACGAAUACCCAGACAGGCAUUGAGAAUUUGCAAAUUCACGUCUUCUUCGACGAGUCAGUGCUUGAAGUCUUUGUCAAUUCGCGGUGCGUGAUCACGACGAGGAUUUAUCCGCCUGGCAAGAGAUGUUUCGGAGUGAGGUUCUGGGCAGAGGACGAGGUCGAGCACGAAGACGAGAAUGAAGGCAAAGAUGAUGACAGGAAAGGCCAUCAUGAAGGGAAAGAGACCCAGAAAAGCUCCGCGGCGCAGCAAUGGCAACAGCAAAGAGGAGAAAGAAGGAUAAAUCUCGAAGGCGAAGGGGUGAGGAUUCAAAGAGAAUCUAAGACGACACGGUCAUCGAAAUCUAGGCUCUUGCACGCGAUGGCAUGGGAUGGCUUGCGCGCAGAUCUCAGAGCCAGCCUUCUUGAUUCCGCUUGA